AUUCAACCCAAGAAAGUCCAAUAUAACACAAGUUGAAAGAGGAUAUAUAACCCCAAGAUUUAUUUGCCUUGAGUAGCAGUUUGCAUUAUUUCAUCUAAAGAUAAAGGCCAAAGGAAAGCAAACAAGAGAGGAAAAUUCUAGAUAACAAUAAGAUCGUCUGUCUUCAGUUUACUUCGACGGACAACACAUAAUGGCAUUUCACUAUAUACUAUAUUUCAGCACGGUUUUGGCUAUUUUUUUCGUCACUUCUAAGGUUACAUCACAAGAUGAAAAAGAAAUCAAAAUAGGUGUUCUCCUCCCCAUGGUUGGCUACUGGCCAAUUGGCACACGCACUGCAGCAUCGGUCCCUUUAGCAGUUCAUGACAUCAUGCAGAAUAAAUCAAUACUCCCUGGUUAUAAUAUAUCCUACCAGAUACAUGAUAGUGGGUGCAACAAAGAAAAGGGAAUACGAGGAAUGGUUAAUUAUCAAGAAAUGGAUGUUAUCAUUGGUCCGGCUUGUUCCACAGCAAUGGAGCCUGUGGCUCUGUUAGCAAAGAUCUGGGAUAAACCCAUCAUUACCUACGCUGCUUCUGCCAGGAAGUUCCUGGAUAAGGAGGUAUUCUCUACUACAUCCACUGUCACAGCUUAUGGAAGAAGAAACACUUACCACACUACAUCUUUCGUGGCAGGUCUGAUGCGCGCUUUCAAUUGGACAGUAUGCGGCAUUUUAAGUUCAUCUGAAAUCGAAUGGAAAACCUUGGCGACAGAAAUACGCGAUGCAAUUACACCUGCAGUUGAGAUACCAAUCUUUGAAAACUUCUACAAGAAUCUGAAGAAAGAAACAUUGCUGACAAAGGCGAAAGAAAGAGUACGAGUUAUUCUUCUGUUAUGCUACGUCAACGACGUCGCCGAAUUCAUGUACGCAGCCAAGAAAUUGGGCAUGACUGAUGGGAGCUACGCCUUUGUAACCAUAGACCUUAACACGGACGUGUUCUACUCUAAUAACAACUGGACUGGUAAUGAGGGGCCUGGGACCCAAUAUGACCAGGGGCUGGACGGUAUCCUUGAUCUGAGUGUAAAAAGACCUGUUCUGACAAGGGACUUUUUGGGACGUUAUCACGGAAUGAAAUCUUCUUUGCCUUCACAUAUACAGUCACAACUGAUAGAUAAUCCAUCAUGGUAUGCUGCCUUUCUCUACGAUGCUCUUUGGCUGGCUGGACUUGCUUUAAAUGCCACCAUCAGUGAAGGGUUUGGCGUCAAAAACACCUCCACAGCGGUCAAACACUUAUUCAACUUGAAUUUUCCAGGAGAAUCAGGCCAGGUUGUCAUGGUGAACGGUACUCGAGUCCCAAGCUUCGUGGUCGGGAAUUUCCGACACGGCUUGUAUGUACCGAUCAUCAACCACAGUAUUUUCUUAACAAAAGAGGACCUCACAAGCAGAAGGCUUCUGUUUGAUUCGAAUAUCGUGUGGCCUGGAGGUACGACCAACAUACCAAAAAGUACACCAGGCUGUGGCUUCGAUGGGGAGCUCUGUAAAGAAAACGCCUCGUCUCAUGAUGAGCAUUAUACUUUGACGAUUUCGCUGACAGUUUUUGGUUGCUGUCUUCUCUUAGUUCUCAUACUUUACAUAAGGAAACGUCAAAUGGAUAAAGAAAGCAUGUUCAAGACAUGGCUGUUGAAUUACACAGACCUGACACCGUGUUACGAUGAACAGGAUGAGGUGGGGGGACAAAAAUCCCACAUACAUAUAAACCAGUUCUCGACAUCGCAAACGCCUACUUUAUUGUUACGAGACAGCGAUAAGAUCUCUACUGGGCACCCUCUACAACCCAUCUUCACCGCUGCACUUUACCAGGGUAAAAAGGUUUAUGUCAAACGUCUCCACCAUGAUGUGCUCAAUAUAACACGACUAAUAAAAAACGAAAUUAGACAGGCAUGUGAGCUGCGUCAUGUUAACAUCAACCCUUACCUCGGUGUAUGCGUUGAACCACUAGACCUCUGUAUAGUAUCUGAAUAUUGUACCAAGGGACGUUUAAAGGAUAUACUUCUUGAUGAGUACCUUAAAUUAGACUGGAAUUUCAAGAUGUCCUUUUCCACCGACAUUGCACGGGGAAUGGAGGAACUCCACAAAAGUAAUAUUGGUUACCAUGGCAAUCUUAAAUCCACCAACAUAGUAGUUGAUGGUUAUUGGAUCUGUAAGAUAGCGGACUUUGGACUACGAGCUUUCAAAUCAGGAAACCGUGGCACUUUGGUAAAAGAAGAUACUUUGUUCAGUGAUAUGUUGUGGACCGCACCUGAACAGCUGCGCAAUACAGUUGACACAGGACACGCACAGAGUGGCGACGUAUAUAGCUAUGGAAUAAUCCUACAAGAGAUUGUGUUACGAGAGAAACCGUAUUCCACGUCUCUCCUUGGACCAAAAGAAAUCAUCCAUCAUGUCAAAAAAGGACUAAAACCACACUGUCGACCCAACAUUCCUCCAGAUAGUGCACCGGGGACAUUUAGGGAACUUAUGACGAUGUGCUGGGAUGAGACCCCUGAAAGAAGACCAACAUUCUCAGGGGUCUUAAAAAUCCUCAAAAAAAUCAACAAAGGAAAAGCGACAAACAUAGUAGACAAUAUGCUAUCAAUGAUGGAGAAAUACACCAAUAAUCUAGAGUCUCUCGUCAAGGAACGAACGCGGCAGCUAGAGACUGAAAAGGCCAAGACUGAUGAAUUGCUUUACAAAAUGAUGCCUAGGAGUGUCGCUGACCAGCUCAAGACCGGCUUACAGAUGAAGGCUGAGAGUUACGAACACGUGACAGUUUUCUUUAGUGAGAUAUUAGGAUUUGCAGAAAUAGCGGAACAAAGCUCACCGAUAGAGCUGAUAAACCUUCUAAACGAUCUGUAUUCAUUGUACGACACAGUUAUUUCUCGUUAUCAUGUCUUUAAGGUAGAAACAAUGUGUGAUUCCUAUCUCGUGGUGUCAGGAUUACCUGAAAGGAAUGGCAAAAGACACGCGGCUGAGAUAGCAUCCAUGGCCCUACACCUUUUAUUUUAUUUCAAAGAUUUCAAAAUACAGCACUUAACUGAUCAGAGUUUAGAAUUCAAAAUGGGGAUUCAUACAGGUCCAUGCGUAGCUGGCAUUGUUGGUCUCAAAACACCACGGUAUGACAUCUUCGGCGAGACAGUCAACGUUGCUAAGCAACUAGAAGCAACUGGAUUACCGCAACACAUUCACAUGAGCGAAAAGUGCAAGUCGUUUCUUGAAGAGAUUGGAGGCUUUACUUACGAAGCAAGGCAUAACAUUCUCGUGAAGGGUCUAGGUGAGACGACGACGUACGUUUUGUCAGGGAAAAGCUUAAAGUGAAAGAAAAUUGUGAAGAGCCGUGACUAGCGCUACCUAAAGGUACCUCAGAGUCAUCACGCAACGCGAUGAUUAUAUAUAUAUUUGCAAUGUGCAACAAAGAGUAGAAAAUAUCUCGUCACGCAAGACCUUUGCGAACCAAUUUUUUAAGAAAAUGGUAGGCAAUAAGGACUAAAGCGUGACACAACCCAGGGCUCAUAACAGAAUGCUGAAGUGAACAAAAGAUCAUAAAACCACAGAUGUUCCACGCAAGUAGUAUGAAGCGUUAUGGAGUAACGCAAGAAAUGUGACACAUAUUUGUGACAAGCAGUUUGAAGCGCCAUGGAGUAACGCAAAAAUUGUGAUACGAAACACAGUAGCCUAGGUUCCAGAUGCUAUCUCGCUCCAGUGCUUCUCGGUCAUCGGUUUUGUGAAGCGUCAUGAAAUAACGCAAGAAUUGCGUCACAUAUCUAUGACAACUAGUAUGAAGCGCCAUGGAGUAACGCGAGAAAUGUGACACAUAUUUGUGUGAAGUAGUUUGAAGCGCAUGGAGUAACGCUAGAAAUGUGAAGCGCCAUGGAGUAACGCUAGAAAAUGUGAGGCGCCAUGGAGUAACGCGAGAAAUGUGAAACGCCAUGGAGUGACGCAAGAAAUGUGACCCACAUGUGUGACAAGUCAUAUGAAGUACUUUGAAGUAACGCAAGACAUAUUUGUGACAAGUAAUAUGUAGUUGUCACGAUGGUAACGCACGAAUUGCACCAGCUCUCGUUUACGAGCGGUUUUGAAUUCUCUUGAAAGCAGAAAGAGCCUCACAUGUAAACCUGAUAUUGGUGUUUUGGUAACAUGAAUGAAUUGAAACAGAGAACAGAAUAUAAAAAAACGUGUUGUUAUAUACCAACUGUCAAGGUCCAUUUUUCUCAUACUCUGAUUGGGCGAGAGGGUGUCACUUCACGUGAACAAGUUUUGAUGUUUCCCCGGCAACGCCUCUCAGCGGGCAACAAUAUGUCGUUGACCGGAAAUAGCAAUACCGGAAGUGAUUUCCCCGGAAAUGUAAGUUUUUCAAAAUCACAUAAUCAACAAAUUAAGUAAUUGCUGCGUAUUAUUUGACAGUUUGUAUAUAACAAAACACUUAUUGACUGGAACUUCGGGAAAUAGCAGUGUGUUUUGUCGAUCGGUCUCAGUCAAUAAGUGUUAAUUGGUUGUGUAGUUUUGUAUAUACAUAUACACCUAUUUCGAAAAUCGUUGUCGCACCAAG